CUGAGUCAGUUUUUUCGAGUCUAGCCGACAACGCGUCCCGUUUUUCUCAAAUCAAGCUCGUUCUUAUCCUUCUUUAUCUUGAUCACGCUUACCUAAUUUGUUAAUAUGAUUUAUUUUAAUUUUUUUAUUUAAAAUAAUUGGUCUUGCUGCUACUAUAAAACCCAUAUUCUUCCCUAAUCCUCGAUCGAAAUCAUCAUUCAAAUUCCCAGAGAAGUAAUUACAGACGUUAAUUGAGGAUGAAAGGGAAGGGCGGGCAGAACAGAUUCCUGCGGAUUCUGGCGCUUCCGCUGAGAUGUCUGACGAGGACGAGGGACUGCUACGUGAGCGGCAUGACCAAUUACGCCGUCGCCAGUCUUCCCAAGCCGCCGCGAGUUCAGAGGAGCUACAGCGCCAGCUCGUACGGAUCGAGCGACAGCGAGGACUUCCGGGAGCUUCUGAAGGCGGCGUCCACGCGCGGCAUGGAGAGCCGGAUGGAGCUGGAGAGGCUGAUGCAGAUCUACGUGAGGCAGCAGCAACAGUCCGCCGCCGCGCAGAGGGUGCCGAGGAGCAGCAGCGUGGCGGCGAUGGGGAGGAUCGACGAGGAGAGCGGCCCGGGGGAGGAAGACGACUCGGUCAAGUAUCCGAGGAGCAAAAGCUACGCCGUCCCCAACAAGCGGAGUGCCGUUCAUGGAUUUUGAUCUUCAAUUCUCACACGGGAAUUGAAGAUUCAUUUAAUCAGAGCUUUGAUUUGAUUUGAUUUUGUGUGUAAUUGUAUAGAUUUCUGCAGUGAUCGAUCUCGGGUCGGGUCGCUCCUGAUUCUGCGCAUGGGUGUGCCGGCGGCCGGGCCGGUUCAAGUUGGACAACACCGUGCCGUUUCAGGUUUGAUCUGUGCCCUAAUUUCUACUAGUACUGUUGAAGAUGCCCUGUAAUCGAUCGGAUUAUUCAUUUCAAAAUAAUGGUUUUGCUUUCCAUUCAAUUGUUGCUAGCUUCUGGUGUAUCCCGGCGACCCAAAAAUCCGGAAUUUUAGUUGGCUCUCUCUCUUCACCCUCAUGGCGGACAAGGGCUUCGUUCGAUUCCAAACAAUAAGCUGGAUAGAGUUGAAUUGGAUCCCAAAUGUGAUCUACAAAAAGGAUGGCCAUGCUUAGGGGGUGUUGCUGUGGGGAGUAAUACCAAUAGGUGGAUAUGGAAUGCACUUAUUUUUGGAAGUGUAUCAAAUCAUAUUUGGUACUCUGUACUUAUUGCAAGGUAUGAGUGUAUAUUAGAAAGUACUUAGUUUUUUAGUAACAUUUCUUUCUUUGUAUAGUUUUACUUGGUUUGGAACUCUCGCUCCACUAUUCAUAAAUAAAAUAAGCUAUUUUUUUGAGAACACAAAAAAAAGAAGUUUGAAGUCAGAAAUCGUAAUUCGUAAGCUUAGAGUUUAAAUUAAGUUUAGAGUCCGAAUCGUAAUUCUUAAGCCUCAAGUUUAGAAUAAUUAAAUCAAGGAGGAAAGAAAAAUACGUAUCAAUUGACUAAUAAAUUAAAAAAUAAUUUAUGAACAAUUCCGACUACAUUAUAUCUAUAGAGAAGCACCCAUUUAUUAUCUACUAGACAUAGACAACAAAUAUCAAUAUUUACUUAUGGUAUGUAAAGUAGGAUCCAUGAAAAAUGAUGCCAUCGACGAGCCUUUAGCGUUGACAUUUUUGAGUUAAUCAACAUUAUUAAAAUCUUAUCCGAAAUGAUAACGUUAAUCGAAAAUACUAUUUCUAAACAAGGUCUUAGUCCAUGCGCAUAGAGUUUUGAGCAAGGUAUGAAUAUGGGUACGCCAUCUUUUCAGAUUGGAGAGAAAAUAAAAAACAAGUAGUGAAUGA